UACAGAAAACAUAAAAACUGAGACCUCUCUCUACUAACCACAGACCAACCAACGGCGAGGAUGACGUUCACUCCAGUUCGUAUAACGAACGUUCCUUCAAUAAAAAAUGCACCACUCCUUGGUUUAGCAGAAGGUAACGGUUACUUUUCAAAUUUACAACUUGCUGCACUCGUCCUCGCCGUUCCAUGGGUCAUCAAACGCAUCCUUCCCUUUGUGAACCGUGGCGGUCUCAAAACCUACCUCUUCCUCCUCGUCAUCACAGGAAUCCCGGUCACAGUCGGCUACUGGGCAGUAGCAAGCAUCUAUGGUCGUCGCAAGAACGUCAAAGUUCUCAUGCCCGGUAAAGACCUCGAAGACUACAUCACCAUCCACGACCCUGAACUCAAGGAAAAAUACCAUGGCAACUCGAAAAUCCCAAUGCAGGUCUUCCAUGACGCGUACUUUGAGGGCAAGAUCGACUUUAACGGCGACGUGUUGGACAUCCUUGAAGAACGUCACGACUGGGCCAAAAUGGUCAUGACUCCAGAACUGUUCAAAUACGUCUUCACGAACCUCCUGCCCGAGGUCAUUGUUCACUCCCAAUCCCAAGACGAAGAACAGGUCCGCGACCACUACGACAGAGGCGAUGAUUUCUACUCAUGGUUCCUCGGCCCACGCAUGAUCUACACCUCCGGCGUCAUCUUAGAUGCUAACAAAGACGCCUCCCUCGAAGAACUCCAGGACAACAAACUCCGUCUUGUUUGCUCAAAGCUAAACCUGAAACCCGAAGACCGCCUCCUCGACGUUGGCUGUGGCUGGGGAACCCUCGCAGCAUACGCAGCCAAAAAUUACAAAUGCGACGUCACAGGUAUCACCCUCGGUAAAAACCAAACCAAGUUCGGUAACGAGCGCAUCAAGACAAACGGUGUCACUCCUGACAAGGCUCGUAUUCUCUGCAUGGACUACAGGGAUAUCCCAGGCGGCCCUGGACACUUCACCAAGAUCGUCAGUCUCGAGAUGGCAGAGCACGUCGGAAUCAGGCGCUACGGCUCGUUCAUGCGUCAGAUGUACGACCUCCUCGAAGACGAUGGUAUCUUUGUUCUCCAAGUCGCCGGUUGCCGUCCCCCGUGGCAAUACGAGGAUCUCAUCUGGGGUCUCUUCAUGAAUAAAUACAUCUUCCCCGGCGCAGACGCCUCUUGCUCCCUUGGAUGGGUCGUCAACCAAGUCGAAGCCGCCGGUUUCGAAGUCAAGAACAUUGACGUUCUGGGUGUGCAUUAUAGCGCUACUAUCUGGAGGUGGUACUUGAACUGGGUCGACAACAAGAAGAAUGUCGUAGACAAAUACGGUGAACGGUGGUACCGCAUCUGGGUCUUCUUCCUCGCCUAUAGCACCAUCAUCUCCCGCCAAGGCAGCUUCAGCGUCUUCCAACUCACAUUACACAAGAACCUGAACGCUUAUCACCGUGUUUUGGGUGUGGAGAACCAUUGGAGUUUGCAGGUGCGUGACGGGAGGGAUGCUGAGAUUAGCUUGGUGGAGUAAUUGCACCUACCGUAUUCUGAAAAAUUACGUAUGCAUAGGCAUGCACGGACGAUGCGCGAGGCGCUAUAUACCAUUUGCUUAAUGUCGUUUUGGUCGUAUCUAGAAUAUACCGACUUAUUUGGAGUUUUUUGGCGUGGUGAACAUUUGACUUGGAAGUUUUGUACGAGCGCUCAUGGUGAGGUAUGUUUAAUGUGACGUCUGCUUCUAUUGACACCA